AUGGAUAGGAUCAGAGCUCCAGCUGUAUUGUCCCAAAGGAAGAGACAGAAAGGGAUGCGUUCCCCAAACCUUUCCUGCAGUUAUGAAAUAAAGUUCAAUAAGUUUGUCAUUUUUAUUAUGCAGAGGAAGAUGGGGAUGACCAGAAGGACAUUUUUGAUGGAGCUGGCAAGAAGAAAAGGUUUCCGAGUAGAAAGUGAACUAAGUGACUCUGUCACUCAUAUUGUGGCCGAGAACAACUCCUACCUGGAGGUGCUGGACUGGCUGAGAGGACAGGCUGUGGGCGACACCUCCAGGUUUGAACUACUGGAUAUCUCCUGGUUCACAGCCUGCAUGGAAGCAGGAAGACCAGUUGAUUCAGAAAUGAAGUAUCGUCUCAUGGAACAAGAUCAGUCUCCUCCUUUGAAUACACCUGAGUCAGAAGUGCCAUCAUUUAUUGCAAGCAAAGUAUCUCAGUAUUCGUGUCAAAGGAAGACAACUUUAAAUAACUACAACAAGAAGUUCACGGAUGCCCUUGAGAUAAUGGCUGAAAAUUAUGAGUUCAAAGAAAAUGAAAUAUUCUGCCUGGAAUUCCUGAGAGCAGCUUCUGUGCUGAAAUGUCUUCCAUUUCCAGUAACCAGAAUGAAAGAUAUACAAGGGUUGCCCUGCAUGGGAGACCGAGUCAGAGAUGUCAUUGAGGAGAUUAUUGAAGAAGGAGAGAGUUCUAGAGCUAAAGAAGUGUUAAAUGAUGAACGAUACAAAUCAUUUAAGCUGUUUACCUCAGUCUUUGGAGUGGGAGUGAAGACAUCUGAGAAAUGGUACAGAAUGGGUUUACGAACUCUGGAAGAGGUAAAAGCUGACAAGACCCUGAAGCUGUCAAAAAUGCAGAAAGCAGGGUUUCUCUACUAUGAGGACCUUGUUAGCUGUGUAUCUAAGGCAGAAGCGGAUGCAGUAAGCUUGAUUGUCAAGAAUACUGUGUGUACGUUUCUACCAGAUGCUUUAGUUACCAUAACUGGUGGUUUCAGGAGGGGUAAGAAGAUUGGACAUGAUAUAGAUUUUUUGAUCACCAAUCCAGGACCAAAAGAAGAUGAUGAACUUCUGCAUAAAGUUGUUGACUUAUGGAAAAAGCAGGGCUUACUUCUAUAUUGUGAUAUCAUUGAAUCAACAUUUGUAAAGGAACAGCUACCAAGCAGAAAAGUUGAUGCCAUGGAUCAUUUUCAGAAGUGUUUUGCAAUUUUAAAAUUGUAUCAGCCAGGAGUAGACAACAGCAGUUACAACGUGUCAAAAAAAUUUGAUAUGGCAGAAGUCAAAGACUGGAAGGCAAUCCGUGUGGAUCUGGUCAUAACCCCCUUUGAGCAAUAUGCAUAUGCUCUUUUAGGCUGGACAGGCUCCAGGCAAUUUGGACGUGAUUUGCGGAGGUAUGCUACUCACGAAAGGAAGAUGAUAUUGGAUAACCAUUCCUUAUAUGACAGGAGAAAGAGGAUCUUUCUCAAAGCUGGAAGUGAGGAAGAAAUCUUUGCACAUCUUGGCUUGGACUAUAUCGAACCAGGGGAAAGGAAUGCUUAAAAUGAUUUGCCAGUGUACAGUCAUCAGUUGACAGCAAUGGUCUUUCUGGCUAUCUUGUGGUCUGAUUUAGAGAUAUAUAUAUAUAUAUAAAUACUUGUUUCUAUGAAAACUAAAAAAAUUUAAAUAUAUAUUAGUUAGAAGCCAUUAUACACGCUAGAAAAGAAGAGUAUAAGUUCUUCAGAAUCCUUUCCAAUCUUUUCCGUUUUAUUUUUUGAAGUUUCUACAUGGGAGUGACAAGAUAGAGCUUGUUUUGGGGGGGGGGGGUAACUUGAAGCUUGUGAGAUUUUUGCUUGUGAUAGGAAUUUAACAUUCCUGUGAACAAUACUUGCUUGUUAAAAUGCUGUCAGCUAUGACAAUACCUAAAUAAUACAAAAUAUUUGAGCUGAGUCCAAAAAUUACUGAAAUGCAUGCUUAUCUUUAACUGAAUUUCUUAAGUAUUUUGCUGAAUCCAUAUAUAAAAUUGCUACUGUAUAUAAGGCUUAAUGACCUAGGCAGUAAUUAGUCUGGCAGUCUCAGCAAGUUGAGGCUUGAAUUAUAAUAUUUUUCCAGGUAGGGUACCACGCUACAAAAACUGUAAACAGGUAGAGAAUUCAGUGAGAGUUAAAAAAUGUUUCACAGGAAUGGAAAGAAAAAGUGGAAUAACUCAGUAGCAAUCUUCAAUUGUGAGGAAAAAAUACUAUAAAUUUGGAAUACUCAUUUGGACUAAAGAAGAUUCAGGUUGUGUGAUGUGAUGGUCCUCAUUCAGGAAUUUGAAUCAUAACCUGCAUGAAAACAGAUGCUUUAACUGUUAGGCUGGUGCCUGCUCCAAGUUGAAAGCUUUUAAUUGUCUAUGCUCAGUUUAUAUAGAUGGAAAUUUAUUUAUUAGUAUAUAUAUAUGCAUUGGGAUGGAAGUUUACCUGAGCUGUUUGGCUAUUGGCUGCUCUAGAAUGGUAUUCCCUCUUUUUGGUCAGAAAUUCAUCUUGGAUGUGAGAGACAUUCUGAUAAAAGUAAUCCUAUGAGAUAUUUUGGUUUCAGAAAAUUUCCAGGUAGCUCUUGUGACUGUAAUGAUAAUGAAGAAUUUGUAAUACAUUUAUUCUUUAAUGAACAAGGGCAUUUAGUGCUUUAGGACAUGAAGUUACUUACUGACCAUUCAUUUGUCAUUUGUAGAAUAAAGGUGAUUAAGAACACCAA